AUGUCUCAACACGAGAAGGAGAUGCAACCCGAACCAGUCGUCGAGUCGACAAACACAUCAAUCCAUACACCAGCUGCGGAGAGAGAACUCAACACACGCUCGGCUUUCGUACUCAUCGGAGCAUUCUGUGCUUUCUUCUGUAGCGUCGGCUUCUUCAAUGCAUGGGGCAUUUUCCAGGAAUAUUACCACGCCCAUCAAUUGUCAUCAAAGUCGCAGUUUGACAUUUCUUGGAUUGGAAGUUUCGCAAUUUGUGCUAUGUACCUCAGUUCUCCUGCUGUCGGCAUCGCCUAUGACAAGAUUGGCCCAAACAUGCUAUUAGGCAUAGGCAGCGUUGGUGCCCUUUUCGCCAUCUUUAUGGUUUCACUUUGCAAGGAGUAUUAUCAGAUAUUCCUUGCGCAGGCUCUAGUCUUCGGCAUCAGCUCCGCGUUUCUCGUCACGCCUUCCCUGUCGACACUCACAAAGUACUUUCGCAAGAAUCGCGCGCUGGGGAUGGGCAUCGUUGUUGCUGGUUCAUCUACCGGAGGCGUGAUCUGGCCUAUUGUGUUGGAUCAACUCCUGAACCACACCAGCCUUGGAUUUGGCUGGACUAUCAGAAUCAUCGCAUUCAUCAUGCUCCCACUCCUUGGCCUAAGCUGCUUCCUUGUUCGCAUUCCUGCUGCAAUUCAGACAUCAAAUGAGAAAGAUCGGGCUCCUGCAGCAAAGCCAAAAGCCGACUUAAGCAUUAUCAGGAAUCCGGCGUUCAUUCUCUGUUGCGCUGGUAUGGCUAUUGCUAAUCUCGGAAUGUUCAGCCCUUUCUUCUACAUUAGUUCCUAUGCUGCAUCUCUCAACAUGUCGACAUCCUUCACUUUCUACCUCGUCUCCAUCGUCAACGGUGCUUCCUUCUUUGGCAGAGUCUUACCUGGCAUUCUGGCUGAUCGUUACGGUUGCUUCAAUCUACUUGCCUCAGCUGCCCUGGCCUCAGGCGUGGUAGCAUUUUGCUGGACUGGAGCGACCAACGUCGCUGGUGUUACUAUUUGGGCCCUUGCUUACGGCUUCGCUUCUGGCGUGAGUAGCCUUCUGUUCCAGGACUCAUACGUGGACCGUACUGACUAUUGA